CUUGAACCUGGUGGUGGUCUGCUUGCUAAAAUCAUGGAAGCUGCAGAAAAUUUUGAGGCUGAAGAUCUCGAGGAGGCAAUGCAAAUCGCUGAGGAUCUCGGGACAGAAGCAGAGGAAAUCUCUGCUCAGAUUGAUAUGUCCUACCAGUACGAAGUUGACGCUCGAAAGCGCUUGGAAGGGAUGAAAUUCUUGGUUGAGAGUGAUUCAAGAGAUCUUAUUCCAUUCGUCAGUCUGCAGGGAACCUCCAGCCCAAAGAAUAAGUAUUGGGACAUUUUCCGAGUCAUGCAGCAAGUGUCACUGUCUGAAGACCUCAAUAGUUCCGUGAUAAAUGACCAUCCUGGAGAGGAAAAUUUUGUGACUGAUCUAAAGGAUAGGUCAGACAAAGUUCAAGCUUUCUACAAGGCCCAGGCUUUAGAAAUUUUCUACCAAAGCAUGCCACCAAAUUUUCUCGUCAAGGACAAACAAAUUUCUCUUCAGGAGGAAAUAUCUAUGAUUGCCUCAGAGAUGCCAGAUGAAAAUCCAGCCAGGCGCUGCACCUUUGCGACGCUCUCCAACCCUCCUGACCCUGAAAUGGUCACUCUGAUCGAGUCCCCCAGUGAAAGACGCAAAACUUGGGCCGGACCUUCAAAGAAAAAGCCCUCUCAAGUUAAUCCCAAGUCUAGUCUUGUCGCUUUUGAGGAUGACGAUGGUUUGGUAGUGGUUGGUAGGAGAGCCCUGAUUUUGGACGCCCCUGCUGAGAAAGGGCAACAGCCUCACGAGGUUAUUCCUCCUCUCAACUUGCACAAACCUGACGAGUUUGAGGGAAUGGAAGAUGGUGAGAGCCCCGGUCCUCCUCCAAGUCCAAAUUAAAAAGAAGUUCAUUUUUAAAUAAUUUAUACUGUUCCAAGGCUAUAAUUCGCAGGUUUUAUUAUAUAACUGUAGGUUUGCAUUCGGAAUUUUACCGAUUCUCGCCCCUAGCUACUGCAAAAGGGCAUCAGCCUUGCGAGGUCAUUCCUACUAAUCUCAACAUUUUAGUCCAAAUUAAAAAGGAAGCAAAAUUUAAUGAAAGAAACAGUUUGAUUUUUUAUUCAUUUCAUGUAUUUUUGUUUACUUUUGCGUACUGCUAUCAUAAUAGUAACACGGAAAGUAAUAAUAGUGGUGAAGUAGCU